GCUCUUUAUGGCAUGUGGCUGGUAACUUUUUUCCUGCUGUACUCUUUGCGGAAAGCUCACACUGAAGAUGUUGGAACCAGCCUCUACUUUGUGAACGACUCCAUCCAGCAGGUCACCUUCUCCAGCACAGUGGGGGUGGUGAUCCCCUGCCCGGCCGCAGGGUCACCCAGCGCCGUCCUUCGGUGGUAUUUGGCCACAGGUGACGACAUCUACGAUGUGCCCCACAUCCGGCAUGUCCAUGCCAAUGGGACUUUGCAGCUCUACCCCUUCUCGCCAUCAGCCUUCAAUAGCUUUAUCCACGACAACGACUACUUCUGCACGGCGGAGAACUCGGCUGGCAAAAUCAGGAGCCCGAAUAUCCGUGUUAAAGCAGUUUUCAGGGAGCCGUACACCGUCCGGGUGGAGGACCAAAGGUCGAUGCGUGGAAACGUGGCUGUCUUCAAGUGCCUCAUCCCCUCCUCAGUGCAGGAAUAUGUUAGUGUUGUGUCCUGGGAAAAAGACACCGUUUCUAUCAUCCCAGAAAAUAGGUUUUUUAUUACUUCUUAUGGAGGUUUGUACAUAUCGGACGUGCAGAAGGAAGAUGCCUUGUCCACCUACAGGUGUAUCACCAAGCACAAGUACAGCGGGGAGACGCGGCAGAGCAACGGGGCCAGGCUCUCGGUGUCAGACCCAGCUGAGUCCAUCCCCACCAUGCUAGACAGCUUCCAGUCACGGGAGGUGCGCGCAGGCCGGCUGGUGGAGCUGCCCUGCAUCGCUUCGGGAUACCCCAACCCUGCCAUCCGCUGGCUCAAGGACGGGCGCCCGCUGCCUGCUGACGGCCGCUGGGCCAAACGCAUCACGGGGCUGAGCAUCGCCGACCUGCGCGUGGAGGACAGCGGGACCUACAUCUGUGAGGUGACCAACACCUUCGGGUCUGCAGAGGUCACGGGGACCCUCACGGUCAUCGACCCUCUGCGUGUGACCCUCACACCAAAGAAGCUCAAGACGGGCAUCGGCAGCACCGUCAUCCUCUCUUGUGCCCUCAGUGGGUCCCCUGAGUACGUCAUCCGCUGGUACCGCAACACAGACCUGGUGGUGGUGGAUGACUUCAUCUCCAUCCGGGGCAUCAGCAAUGAAACCCUCCUCAUCACAGCAGCACAAAAGAGCCACUCUGGAGCCUACCAGUGCUUUGCCACCCGCAAGUCCCAGACAGCACAGGACUUCUCCAUCAUCAUGCUGGAGGAUGGGACCCCCCGCAUCGUCUCCUCCUUCAGCGAGAAGGUGGUGAACCCCGGGGAGCAGUUCUCCCUGAUGUGUGCCGCCAAGGGUGCGCCGCCCCCGACCGUGACCUGGGCCCUGGACGACGAGCCCAUCCCACGGGACAACGGGCACCGCACCAACCAGUACACCAUGUCGGACGGCACCACGGUGAGCCACAUGAACGUCACCAGCCCGCAGAUCAAGGACGGCGGCGUGUACCGGUGCACCGCGCGGAACUCGGUGGGCAGCGCCGAAUACCAAGCGCGAAUAAACGUAAGAGGUCCCCCGAGCAUCCGGGCGAUGAAGAACAUAACGGCGGUCGCGGGUAGGGACACUUUCAUCAACUGCAGGGUGAUCGGGUACCCGUAUUACUCCAUCAAGUGGUACAAGGACUCUUUGCUGCUGCCCGAUAACCACCGCCAAGUGGUCUUUGAGAACGGGACCCUGAAGCUGAUGGACGUCCAGAAAGGCAUGGACGAAGGGGAGUACCUGUGCAGCGUGCUGAUCCAGCCCCAGCUCUCCAUCAGCCAGAGCGUCCACGUCACGGUGAAAGUCCCUCCUCUGAUCCAGCCAUUCGAGUUCCCACCAGCCUCCAUCGGGCAGCUCCUCUACAUCCCCUGCGUGGUCUCCUCCGGGGACAUGCCUAUCCACAUCACAUGGCGCAAGGACGGGCACGUCAUCCUCUCUGGCUCAGGCGUCACCAUUGAGAGCAAGGAGUUCAUGAGUUCCCUGCAGAUCUCCAGUGUCUCCCUCAAGCACAACGGCAACUACACGUGCAUCGCCAGCAACGCCGCUGCCACAGUGAGCCGCGAGCGGCAGCUCAUCGUGAGGGUGCCUCCUCGGUUUGUGGUUCAACCCAACAACCAAGAUGGCAUUUAUGGUAAAGCCGGGGUGCUGAACUGCUCCGUUGAUGGGUACCCUCCUCCCAAAGUGAUGUGGAAACAUGCCAAAGGCAGUGGGAACCCCCAGCAGUACCACCCCAUCCCGCUGACGGGCCGCAUCCAGAUCCUCCCCAACAGCUCGCUGCUGAUCCGCCACGUGCUGGAGGAGGACAUUGGCUACUACCUCUGCCAGGCCAGCAACGGGGUGGGCACAGACAUCAGCAAGUCCAUGUUCCUCACCGUGAAGAUCCCCGCCAUGAUCACCUCGCACCCCAACACCACCAUCGCCAUCAAGGGGCAGAGCAAGGAGCUGAACUGCACGGCGCGGGGCGAGCGGCCCAUCAUCAUCCGCUGGGAGAAGGGAGACACUGUCAUCGACCCCGACCGCAACAUGCGCUACGCCAUCGCCACCAAGGACAACGGCGACGAGGUCAUCUCCACCCUCAAGCUGAAACCGGCUGACCGUGGGGAUUCAGUCUUCUUCUCCUGCCAUGCCAUCAAUUCGUACGGCGAAGACAGGGGCCUGAUCCAGCUCACCGUGCAAGAGCCACCUGACCCCCCAGAACUGGAGAUCCGUGAGGUGAAAGCCCGCAGCAUGAACCUGCGCUGGACGCAGCGCUUUGAUGGGAACAGCAUCAUCACCGGCUUCGACAUCGAGUACAAGAACAAGUCUGAUUCCUGGGACUUCAAGCAGUCAACUCGAAACAUCUCCCCGACCAUCAACCAGGCGAACAUCGUGGACCUGCACCCUGCUUCCGUGUACAGCAUCCGCAUGUACUCCUUCAACAAGAUCGGGCGCAGCGAGCCCAGCAAGGAGCUCACCAUCAGCACGGAGGAAGCAGCUCCUGACGGGCCUCCGAUGGAUGUCACCUUGCAGCCGAUGACAUCGCAGAGCAUCCAGGUCACCUGGAAGGCCCCAAAGAAGGAGCUGCAGAACGGGGUGAUCCGUGGAUACCAGAUCGGCUACCGCGAGAACAGCCCGGGCAGCAACGGGCAGUACAGCAUCGUGGAGAUGAAGGCCACUGGCGACAGCGAGGUCUACACGCUGGACAACCUGAAGAAGUUUGCGCAGUACGGGGUGGUGGUGCAGGCCUUCAACCGCGCGGGGACGGGGCCGUCCUCCAGCGAGAUCAAUGCCACCACGCUGGAGGAUGUGCCCAGCCAGCCCCCGGAGAACGUGCGGGCCAUCUCCAUCACGUCGGACGUGGCCGUCAUCUCCUGGUCGGAGCCCCCGCGCAGUACCCUCAACGGUGUGCUCAAGGGCUACCGGGUCAUCUUCUGGUCCCUCUACAUGGACGGAGAGUGGGGUGAGAUGCAGAACAUCACAACCACGCGGGAGAGAGUGGAGCUGCGAGGCAUGGAGAAGUUCACCAACUACAGCGUGCAGGUGCUGGCCUACACACAGGCUGGUGAUGGCGUCCGCAGCAGCGUGCUCUACAUCCAGACCAAGGAGGACAUUCCAGGUCCCCCGGCUGGCAUCAAGGCUGUGCCAUCCUCUGCCAGCAGCGUGGUGGUGUCCUGGCUGCCCCCAGCAAAGCCCAACGGCAUCAUCCGCAAGUACACCAUCUUCUGCUCCAGCCCCGGCUCCGGGCAACCGGCCCCCAGUGAGUACGAGACCAGCCCAGAUCAGCUCUUCUACCGCAUCGCACACCUGAACCGUGGGCAGCAGUACAUGCUGUGGGUGGCUGCUGUCACCUCUGCGGGCCGUGGCAACAUCAGUGAGAAAGUCACCAUCGAGCCUGCUGGGAAAGCUCCAGCCAAGAUCAUCUCCUUUGGAGGCACUGUCACCACCCCCUGGAUGAAGGAUGUGAGGCUGCCCUGCAACUCGGUCGGGGAGCCGGUCCCCGCCAUCAAGUGGACCAAGGACAGUGAGGACUCUGCCAUCCCAGUGACAGUGGAUGGGCACCGCCUGAUUCAGGCCAAUGGCACGCUGGUGCUGCGCUCGGUGAAGGCAGAGGACUCUGGCUACUACACCUGCACUGCCACCAACACCUGGGGCUUCGACACCAUCAUCAUCAACCUGCUGGUGCAAGUACCCCCAGACCAGCCUCGCCUGACUGUGUCCAAGACCUCGGCCUCCUCCAUCACACUGGCGUGGAUUCCUGGGGACAACGGGGGCAGCUCCAUUCGAGGCUUCGUGCUGCAGUACUCGGUGGACAACAGUGAGGAGUGGAAGGAUGUCUUCAUCAGCUCAUCCGAGCGCUCCUUCAAGCUGGAGAGCCUCAAGUGCGGCACCUGGUACAAGGUGAAGCUGGCGGCCAAGAACAGCGUGGGGGCCGGGCGAAUCAGCGAGAUCAUCGAGGCCAAGACCCACGGCAGAGAGCCCUCCUUCAGCAAGGACCAGCACCUCUUCACCCACAUCAACUCCACGCAUGCCAGGCUCAACCUGCAGGGCUGGAGCAGCGGGGGCUGCCCCAUCACCGCCAUCGUCCUGGAGUACCGCCCCAAGGGCAACUGGGGCUGGCAGAGCCUGCGCACCAACAGCUCCGGAGAGGUCUUCCUGACCGAGCUGCGUGAGGCCACCUGGUAUGAGCUGCGCAUGAAGGCCUGCAACAGCGCGGGCUGCGGCAACGAGAGCACGCAGUUCGCCACGUUGGACUACGAUGGCAGCACCAUCCCACCCAUCAAGUCUGCGCAAGGGGAAGGGGACGAUGUGAAGAAGCUGUUCACCAUCGCCUGCCCCAUCAUCCUGGCCACGCUGGGAGUGGCCCUACUCUUCAUCAUCCGCAAGAAGAGGAAGGAGAAGCGGCUGAAGCGGCUGCGAGAUGCCAAGAGCUUGGCAGAGAUGCUGAUAAGCAAGAAUAACCGCAGCUUUGACACGCCGGUGAAGGGGCCCCCGCAGGGCCCCCGUCUGCACAUCGACAUCCCCCGCGUGCAGCUCCUCAUCGAGGACAAGGAGGGCAUCAAGCAGCUGGGAGACGACAAAGCCACGAUCCCGGUGACAGACACUGAGUUCAGCCAAGCCGUGAAUCCCCAGAGCUUCUGCACAGGCGUCUCAUUGCAUCACCCUGCCCUGAUCCAGAACACGGGGCCGCUCAUCGAUAUGUCGGACAUUCGCCCCGGCACCAACCCCGUGUCAAGGAAGAGCGUGAAGUCUGCUCACAGCACUCGCAACCGCUACUCAAGCCAAUGGACCCUCACCAAGUGCCAGGCGUCCACCCCGGCGCGCACCCUGACCUCGGACUGGCGGACGGUGGGCUCCCAGCACGGCAUCACCGUCACUGAGAGCGACAGCUACAGCGCCAGCCUCUCGCAGGACACCGACAAGGGCCGGAACAGCAUGGUGUCAACCGAGAGCGCCUCGUCCACCUACGAGGAGCUGGCGCGCGCCUACGAGCACGCCAAGCUGGAGGAGCAGCUGCAGCACGCCAAGUUCGAGAUCACCGAGUGCUUCAUCUCCGACAGCUCCUCGGAUCAGAUGACCACGGGCACCACAGACAAUGCCGACAGCAUGACCUCCAUGAGCACCCCCUCAGAGCCCGGCAUCUGCCGCUUCACCGCAUCCCCACCCAAGCCCCAAGACAGUGAGCGCGGCAAGAGCGUGGCCGUGCCCAUCCCACACCGUGCCAGCAAGAGCGAUUACUGCAACCUCCCGCUCUACGUCAAGUCGGACGCCUUCUUCCGCAAGCCAGACUCCCACGAGCCGUGCCCUGUGGUGCCUCCCCGCGAAGCCUCCAUCCGCAGCCUGGCCCGUGGUUACCACCCCCCUGCCCGGCACCUGACGCUGGACCCCGCCGCCAAACCCCCGGGCCUUCCUCCUCCCUCCUCCUCCUCCUCCUCCUCCACCACCUUACCUCAAAGGACUCUACCCAUGCCCACCGCGGCCAGCACCGCGCCGGCACCCGCCCCAGCGCCCGCCGCCCCUGCCGAGCCCCCCGCCGCCACCGCCGCCGCCACCGCCGCGCACUCCAAGGUCGGGGGCUCGCGGGACUCGCUGCUGGAGAUGAGCACGUCGGGCGCGGGCAGGGCGCAGAAGCAGGGCGCCGGAGCCUACUCCAAGUCCUACACGCUGGUGUAG